GGUAAUCACUUGAACGCCGAGUUGCAUCUGUCGAAGAAGGGUUUCAUUCCAGGUGAACGUAUUCCAGUAGGAAUCCUUAUCGAGAAUCAAUCUGGUAAGUCGGUGAAGCAUGCUCACUUGUCCAUUGUGCAGUUGGCCUCAUGCUUCGCCACAUAUCCAAGUCCAGCCACAAGAGAUUGUGCCUUCGAAACGUCAGGUGUUGGUCUACCGAUUCCGAAAAUUCCCAGUGGUAACACCUACAAAUAUGCGCCUGAAUUCUAUGUUCCUGCCCUAGUGCCAGACUUUGAGAUACUGGGUCGACUGAAAGUGGAUCAUUUUCUUAAGUUGGAAAUUGGUUUCAAUCGCCACCAGAAGAGCAAACACGCCAUUUGUCUGAUAAAGAUUCCAAUUCUCAUAGGUACAUCGACCGCGCCAGAACGCCCUCCUCCACCAUCAGACAAUGAUGCCUGGUGGACAAAAGUCGCUUCAGAUUCAGCAGCAGGAAAAUCCACCGAAGGUGGGGCUGAAGAAGCAAGCACUUAUCUCCAAAUAUUCUAG